AGAAUUUUUAAACACGAGGCAGUAAAUUUCAUCUGUCACGUUGAAUUAUUUACGGUGACGUUUGAGAUAAAGCUUGUGGUGUAGUCUCCAGAGUGCGGUGUGUGGUGAAGUCUCCAUGCCGUUUUGUGAGUCAUUUUUAUGUAAUUGUUACAAACAACUCUCUGGUAGUCGUUGACCAGCGAGUUGGGCGCCAGGCUUGAGGUGAUUUUCUGCGAACGGCGAUUCAUUCAAACUCGACGAGGCAGGUUGAAAUCCCAAAUGGAAAGAAACAAAUUUUGUGGCGGGAAUUGUCAUUGUUGCGAGCUACUGGAACAUGCAGUUCUACCAGUCGGAGCCGGCGUACGUCAAGUUCGACUACGGGAUUCCGCGCGGCGCGUCGAUCGGCGUUUACGCCCGCCGGAACGCGCUGCCCACCCACACACAGUACCACUUCAAGGAGGUGCUGAGCGGAUUCAACGCGCGCCAGACACGUGCCGCACAUCCCUCGAUGCGCCGCGAGGUGACCCGCUACAUGGAGCCCGGCCACUGGUUCCUGUCGAUCUACAACGACGACGGUGACGCGCAGGAGAUCACCUUUUACGGUGCGGUCGCCGAGGACAUGACCCAGAACUGCCCGAACGGGUGCUCCGGCAACGGCCAGUGCCUGCUCGGCCACUGCCAGUGCAAUCCCGGCUACGGCGGCGACGACUGCAGCGAGAGCGUCUGUCCGGUGCUGUGCUCGCAGCGCGGCGAAUAUAUCAACGGCGAGUGCCAGUGCAACCCGGGCUGGAAGGGCAAGGAGUGCUCGCUGCGGCACGACGAGUGCGAGGUUCCGGACUGCAACGGCCACGGACACUGCGUCAGCGGCAAGUGCUCGUGCGUGCGCGGCUACAAGGGCAAAUUCUGCGAAGAAGUGGACUGUCCCCACCCGACCUGCUCCGGCCACGGCUUCUGCGCCGACGGCACCUGCAUCUGCAAAAAGGGCUGGAAGGGCCCAGACUGUGCCGCCAUGGACCAGGACGCACUCCAAUGCCUGCCCGACUGUUCCGGCCACGGCUCCUUCGAUCUGGACAGCCAGACGUGCACGUGCGAGCCCAAGUGGAGCGGUGAGGACUGCUCGCAGGAGCUGUGCGAUCUCAACUGUGGCCAGCACGGACGCUGCGUGGGUGAUGCCUGUGCCUGCGAUCCCGGCUGGGGAGGUGAAUUCUGCAACUCGCGGCUGUGCGAUCCGCGCUGCAACGAGCAUGGUCAGUGCAAGAACGGAACGUGCCUGUGCGUGACCGGGUGGAACGGGAAGCACUGCACGCUCGAGGGGUGUCCCAGUGGUUGCUCCCAGCAUGGCCAGUGCCACGUGAGCGGUGAGCUGAUGUGGGAGUGCCGCUGCUAUGAGGGCUGGGAUGGAGUGGACUGCUCGGUGCCGCUGGAGCAAAAUUGUGGCGACAACAAGGACAACGAUAGAGACGGCCUUGUCGACUGCGAGGAUCCGUGCGAUCUCGUGCUCCUCGAAGGUCGAUUGGUCCUGUUACACCCCGUCCUCCGACACCCUCUAAUCCUGGAGAUCAUUAGGUGGUGA